AUGCCACCCCUCUUCGAUGCAAACGGUCAGCCGGUCAAGUUGAGCUUUUUCGACCUCUUCUUACAUAGCACAACAUCUCGUAGCGGCAAAGGAACCCCGGUAAUUGAAAGGAAGAAGCCCCAAAAAGCAGAGUCUCCCUCCACCGAGACCUCUCCCAAAUCAACCCAGACCACCGAGUCUGGAUCUGCAGAAUGGACGAAAAUCGAAGAGAUGGGGCUUCUCGGAAUGAAGGCUCUGAACAAGAGCUGGAAGGAAAUUAGUGAAGUGCUGGCUGGCAAGGAUGAGGACGACAUUAAGAAGAAGUACAGAGAGCUGUAUGUUGAUGCGCCUGCAAGUAUCAAACCGAAGAAGGCAGAGGCCAAGAAAAAAGAGGCAAAAAAGGAGACUGAGGACAAGAAGGAGGAGAAAAAAGAGGAGGAAAAGGAGGAGAAAAAAGAGGAGAAAAAAGAGGAGGAAAAGGAGGAGGAGAAAGAGGAGAAAAAGGAUGAGGCGAAAGAGGAGAAAAAGGAUGAGGCGAAAAAUGACGAAGCAAAGGCCGGAGACGAACGCAAGAAGAUAACCGAAGGUGGCAAGAAAGGUGGUAAAGAGGGAAAGCAGGGCAAGAAGGGUCAGAGGGGUCAGAAGGGCCAGCAGGGCAAAGAGAAAGCCGAAGAGGCAAAGCCGGAAGAGGUAAAAGUGGAAGAAGUCAAACCCGAGGAGAACGACGGGAUCUUGAAGGCGAAGGUGACGGCAGGAGAAAAGGGUAAGGGGGGAGAGCUGAAGUCGAUCAAUGGGCAUCCGGUCAUUUUCGUGGACGACGAUGAAGAGCUGGAGUUCGAAGAGCUGCUGUAUCUCUAUGGCCUCAACGCGCGCUUUGAUGAGCAAAAGUGGAUCACGGUGGACUCGAAAUUCUUCGACAGGUUUGGAAAAAGGGUCGGAGCUGAGAAGUUGAAGGAGAAGCUGGCGGGUAGUUGGUAG